GUGGGCAGCACCGCUGGUCACUAGGCUCCCGCCGCUCGCUCCUCGCCGGGCUUCGCGGCGACAUGGCGGCGGCCGAGCUGGAGUACGAGUCCGUUCUCUGCGUGAAGCCCGAUGUCAACGUCUACCGCAUCCCGCCGCGCACCUCCAACCGCGGCUACAGGGCAUCUGACUGGAAACUGGACCAUCCAGACUGGACAGGGCGGCUUCGUGUCACCUCCAAAGGCAAAACUGCUUACAUAAAACUGGAGGAUAAGGUUUCAGGAGAACUUUUUGCCCAGGCUCCUAUAGAUCAAUACCCUGGCAUUGCAGUGGAGACUGUGGCAGAUUCCAGCCGCUACUUUGUCAUUCGAAUUCAGGAUGGGACUGGACGAAGUGCUUUCAUAGGCAUUGGCUUCACGGAUCGGGGUGAUGCCUUUGACUUCAAUGUCUCUUUGCAGGAUCACUUCAAGUGGGUGAAGCAGGAGACUGAAAUCUCCAAGGAGUCCCAGGAAGCUGACACUCGUCCCAAAUUAGACUUAGGGUUUAAGGAAGGGCAGACCAUCAAACUAAACAUUGGGAACAUGACAUCAAAGAAAGGAGGAGCAGCCAAGCCCCGUGUGUCUGGAUCAGGGGGCCUAAGCCUGCUGCCACCCCCACCGGGAGGCAAAAUUGCAGUCCCUCCUAUACCUCCCCCUUCUUCCACAGCCAUUGCCAACCAUGUCACACCACCACCCGUGCAGAAAUCCAGUAAUGCAAGCAGUGCAGAUAUUCUUUUAGACUUAGAUGCUCCUGCAGCUGCAUCCAAGGCACCAGUAUCAGCUACCACAGACCUCUGGGGAGACUUCAGCACUGCAUCCAGUGCUGUUCCCAAUCAGGCUCCUCAGCAGUCCAACUGGGUCCAGUUCUGAAUGAUCAAAGCAGUGGAAUGGGACAAACUGAUGACCUAGAGGCACCAAAUGGGAUCAGAGGGGGCACAAACCUCUCUAGUCUUCAAUCAAAUUGGGACAAUCCUUCAUUUUUAGAUCAGACCUUCACUUAAACUAUUUUUGAUCCCACUGAACCUAAAGAGAAUACACUGACUCCUCCCAAGAUGGGCAAGGAGGAAAGAGGUAGCCUUAUCUCUUCCAUCCACUUGGCCAUUACAUGGUACAUCCUAGCUCUUUUUCCCUGUCUUUCUUUACAGGGAAAACAAGAAUCUUGAAGAGAGUGGGUACAGGAGGCUGGGUAGAUGCCUCUGGGUUCCUUGUCCUUCAGAUUUUCUGUGGCUAGGCUGUUGCUUUUUGUGGCUGCUUUCAAUAGCAACAGCAGCCCCUACAGCUUGCGGUGCUGAGGACAGCUGCAUUUAGCUACACCUGCUCAGGAGAUAGGUCUUGUCUCAACUCAAAACCCUCUUGGAUUAAUGACAUCUGUGGUGAGGAGUGGCCCUCCCUAUGCACACACUACUGUUCUGUCUUCGGUGCAAUUCUUGGUAGUGCUGCAUGUCCUCAUGCUCCUGUGGGAGGAGUUAUGCAAGUCCUUGAGUAGACCUGCUGCCCUUGCGCUGUAGUUCAGGUGGGCACCCCAUCUUGAGGCUCCUGAUUUGGCUUGCAGGUUCACUGGAGGAACUUCUCUCAUUUUAACUCCUUUCUCCCCAGGCAAAGGCUUCACUGUCACUGAGCUGUUUUAACUGGAAAUAACUUUAAGAAAAGAAAAGCCCAUUUUUACAAUUUGGCAGUUACUUGCACUACAUGACAACCAGGUGAUUCCCACCACUCAGCAUUUCACGUUCCUGCAUCACUAUCCUGAGCCCUGGCCUUGUGUUGUGACUUGGCACUGUGUUACAAGUACUGCAUAUCUACAGUAAGAAUUAUGGUGGAACAAUAGACUAUUCUUUGAUGAAAGGACAGUCUCCUUCCAUUUUUCAAUUCUCUCAUUUGAUCAAGAAAUGUAUAGUAGACUCACUCCUGAGAUCUGUGUUCCUUAUGACUUCUGAGUCCAACUUCCAGGGAUGUGAGCUGGUUAUUGGAAUUCAGAUUUUUUUUUUUAUUCUUAGUAUGUCCAAGCCCCCUCUAUUUCCUGUGUGGUUAAGGGAGUUAGAAAGAGGUAAAAAGCCAUGAAUUUCUACUUUUCUUCUUUGGGAGAGUUUCCUGAGGCCCUUCAGUGUGGAUACUACUUCAUCUCUAGCAGCUGUAGAUGUGAUCUGGGGUGUAAAUCUUGGUUGAUUACUCUGGGCAAACUCACAGGACAGGCUGGAAACCUCAUAAUGCUGAAUUGCUACCCUUCAUGCUGGUGCAGAAGCCAAAACACUAGCUGGGAAGGUGACUCUUGGACAGCUGUACCCAGUUCCUGGAACACUAGGGCUUUGGUGCUUCGCUGGUAGGCUUCUUCCUGUUUUGAACAUUCAACACAGCAACACUUUUGUGUCUCUAACACACCUUUGCAAGGGAAUGUUUCCCUUGGGGCAAAAAUUUUCUGGUGAGGCUUUUAAAAGAGUAGUUAGACGUAUGCACCUUGUAUUGGCAAAGAUCUUGUCAUUUUUGUCUGGCUACAGUGAGGGCAUUUUGGAGACAGUUUCACUUAGACCAUCCCUCUGGGGAGCAACAUUCUUGAAAUAGCUCUAAAGCUGCUGCAGUUCCACUUGUGGAAGUGGGGACCAGACUGCUCUUGGAUGUAUUUUAGGUAGUCAUUUAACCCUGAUUCCCUGGCUCUCUUGGUGUUUCCGCAAGGCAGCCCUCCGCUGCCUUCAUAGUCACUCCUGCAGUCUCACUGUACUUCAACUCCCUGCCUCCUGAACUUGUGGAUGGCUGUAGUCUGCAAGCAACAUCACAGUCUCUACUGGGUUGGCAUUUUGUUUCCUUUGUCUUUGUUUGCUCACAUCCUUGUGAGGUCCUGUCAUUUCAACUAUGUAUCAAUUCCCCAACCAAGGAAGUUCAUGGCACCAAUUAACAACUAACUAGGAGCCUCUUCUGUAUUGUCUUAGUAUUCUGGAGAUAAUAUAUUAUGUAUUUCAAAAGCUGAAGAAACAAAAAGAUAUAUGUAUAUAAAGCAUAAGAUGUACUGGUGCAAAUGGUAAUUAAACAAGUAAUACUGGGGAAAAGAAUGUCAUGAGUCUUCUAAGUUGUCAGAUUGUUUUUGCUUUGGAAGCCCUCUAGGCUGAAGGUCUUCAUGUCUCCAGCAAGUUCCUCACAGCCUACUUAUCCUUCUGCAUUUAUCUGUUGCAGCCUGCAGACUGCACAAGAGCAACUUCAGGAGUGAUGGGUUCAGACUCUUUCUGGGCAAAGAGGUAGGAGAGUGGAAGAAGAAUACAAAACUGACAUGGCUGUUCCAAAUGGGGUAAAAAACUCACAGUGCCAAACAUGAAUUAACAACAUGGAAAUAGGCCUGAGUGUAGGGUACUGUGGGAUUUGGUAAGAGUGUGAAUAAAAAUGAGUGAGUGAGAAGACUUGGUUACCCUGACAUUUAGCAUCUCAGACAUUAAAGGCUUUUACAGCCUGCAGAUAUUUUCAGAAAUUAUUCUUUCCAUGCUGGUAGAUGGGAAACAGUCUCUGUCUACUAGACAGAUGGGCAAUGUGAGCCAAGUGGGCCCUUUGUUAGGGGCAGCAAGGACAGGCUGCCUAGAGAGAGGAAGCAGGAAGAUGAGUCACAGCAGGGCAGGCAGGGGCAGAGGCCUCACCAGCAGAGGACCAGUCCUGAAAUACCGAAGCACAAAGAUCAGAGCAGG